GAACUGUUUAUUGUUUUCAAUACUAUACUCGAAACAUCUUGAAACAUUUUGGCAAAAACUAUGACUCUAAUCGGGAAAAAAUAUAAAUAUAUCAACGAAGGGAAUGCACACAUCGUUCUUCAUAUAACCGACACCGACUAUGUGAUACGAAUAAUAAAAGAAAAUGGAAGAACCACUGAUAUCAAUACAGUUUCAAACUGUGUCAAUUUCGUGAAUAUUAUCAUGGUUCCAUUGAUUUUCGGUUACAAUAAGUACAACCAUGAAAUAGUGAAGCUGUCCUCUCAAGAAAUAGCUAAUUUAACCUUAAAUUUAAAGGAAAUUCGACCGAAACACAGACAAAUAAAAUCAGUUUUCAGCAAAUUUGCUAUAAAAGCACCAAAUCUGGCUAUGAUCACUCCAAAUAGUAUAAACUACUGCUUGGAGUUAAAACCCAAAGAAGGUUUUUUAUCACAUAGUUUCAAGAAUAUCUCUAAAUGCUAUUACUGCCUCAAACAGUUCCUGAAAGUUAAAGAAAAACAAAUUGAACACAGAAGCAGUUAUUGCCCUUUAGACUUAUUCUCUGGUGAUAAACAAAGAAUGAAAAGAGGUCUUUUAAACCUAUUGAGGAAUCCGCAGAAUAAUUUAAAACUGUUUAUAAAUGAGAAUGUUGUUUAUAAUGAGAGUUCAAACAUAAAAAAAUUUGAAGAUUUUAUUAAAAGUAAUUUUUUUAAUUCAGUAAAUAUAUUUCUGGAUUUUAUUAUCAAUAUAUUACUUGGCAAAGGAAACUCAAAUCUCAUAUUAGAAGAAUCUCCUGAAUUAACAUCUGAAACUCCUGUGAACUGUACUGAAAGUAAAGAACUAGAUACAGAGAGUUUUCUUUACAAAUUACUCCUAAUGCAGAAAAUAGCAGAAAUAUUCAAAAUUGAGACUGCUAAUGUUGCUACGGAUAAAAAUGAUCAUCUGGAAUAUGUACCAGUAUUACUUAAUUUAGUAAAGGAGCAAAAUCUUGAUUUAACUAAUGAAAAUGAUAGAAUAAAGUUUUUGGACACUGUGGAAGAAAAACAUCUAGCUUUAAUAUCUGCUGUAGCUAAAGAUUGUUCUAUAAUGAUAGCUUAUUCACUCACUCCUAAGGAUAACUCACCUUCAAUUAAAUUCGGUGAUAUGAAUAUUUUCUAUACAGUAUCUGUAACUGACCUAGAACCGAAAGGGGCUAAGACUUUAGCAAAAAGAAAGAAAACAGAAAAAAUGCUUUUAGAAAUUAAUGAAAACAUACUCAAAUCAUAAACAAGAUUGUAAUCCAACCGCACGCCGAAACCAGAGCAAAACAACUAGAAGCAUGGCAACAAUUAAUAGCAAUAUAUUUAAAAUCAAAUAAACAAUCCACCAUAGAUAUUAGAGAAGCAUCAAACAGUCCACUAUUUAAUAAUAC